ACCACCGUCCACCGCCCACCAUGCUCCCUACGCGCGGAUUGGUCAGGUCGCUAGUCCGGCGUCCGUUCUGGGAAGACCUGGAAAAGCGGAGUUUACCCAAGGAAUAGGGUCCCCCCGCGUCACUACUGCGCAUGCUUGCGUCGUGACCCCCAGCUUGAGGUGACUGCCACUAUCAAGGCGGGGGCUGCAGGCACAGAAACUAAGGGACUUGCUGAGGCUCAGUGGCUGGAGAGGGAGGACUCCUCUGCGGUUUCUGCCCUGCCUGUGCCUGGUGAAACCAGCCCAGAAAGGAUAAAGGGUUUGCCCUCACGGCAGAGGACACAAGUGUUGAUGGACGUUGAUGGUAUUUCUCUCCCAUAAGUAUGAAGGUAAUCCUUCUGAUCCAUCAUCAGCUACCAGGCUAGAAGCCAGGGAGCCCUCAGUGACCACAUGUUCUCUGGACCACUCCAUACCCUGUCUCCACCUAUCCAAGCAGCACCAGCUGAAGCACAAGGUCCCUGCAUUCAUGGCGCCCUGGCACCUCCUGAGCUCUGGGUGGCCCCAGGCCUCCUGCCUGGGGUUGGGGCAGGAUCUAGUUGACAGAGUCCCUGGACUGCCAGCUCCCUUGCCAGGGAGGAGGAGUAGAAGUCCAUCCACUGGGGCCUGAGUGCAGCCUGGGGGACAGGCUGUUGGUCCCAAGAUGCCUCUGCCUGAGCCCAGCGAGCAGGAGAGUGAGCGUGUGAAGGCCGGUCAGGAGCUGUCCCCUGAGCCUUCUGGGACCGGCACUGAUGUUAUUCCUACAGCCCCCAAGAAGCCCAGGAAGUUCUCCAAACUGGUCCUGCUGACAGCCUCCAAAGACAGUGCCAAAGUGGCCGCAGCCAAGCGCAAAGGAGUGCACUGCAUCAUGUCUCUGGGGGUGCCUGGCCCCACCACCCUCGCCAAGGCCCUCCUUAGGAUCCAUCCUGAGGCCCAACGUGCCAUUGAGGCAGCCCCCCAGGAACCUGAACAGAAAUGCAGGAAGCUGGACACAGAAGGAAAAGAAGAUGGAAGGUUGGCAGGGAGGCCUGCCCUCAGUCCUGCAGUGGGCGGGGAGGAGUCCUCUGUGGGGCCCAGCAAGGCCUUGUAACCCUGACAACUGCAGGCGAAGCGUCCUUGAUGAGUCAGUGAACUUGGCUGUGACUUCUGCCUGCGGCCCUGUCCCUGGCUGAUUUUCACUCUUAUCGUCAUGUAAUGUUUUUCAGCUCAAGCACAAUUUACUUUUGUAAGCAGGAAAAAAAUAUCAAAACAGAAUGAAAUAAGCUACAUGCUAGAUCCCAUCAUGAACAGAUUGUAUAAACUUCAGGAUUCUGGGUCCUUUGAGGCCCAACUCCAACCACACCCCACCCCCCAGAACCCUGCCCACCUUACCAGCCCUCACAGGGCCCUUCCUUGGGACCGCCUGGUCUGGGCUGUCUCUCAGACCUGGGGCGGCUCUCAGGGGCCUCCAUCCCUUGCAGCCUCAUACGCCUGGGCACCUUCAGUCUGGAAAAACAGCCGCUGGCCCAGAGACUAGGUGGGGUCCCUGAGGUUCCCCUUCCUUCUGCCUUGGUCUGAAAGUGGGCAGUGGGAUCUCUAGCCCUGACCCUCUAGGAAGCUGGUCCAGCCCCUCCCUGACUCUCCUUCCAUGGUUGUUCCCUUGCUGGAGUGUCAGUCUGUCCCUGUGGGACUCUCAGGAGCCUCACCUACUCCAGGUAGCCAUACAGGACUGGCAGCCCACUGCACAGGGUCCCUGCAACCAUGGCAGCCCAGGGUUCUAUUGAGGAGGGGUGGGCCUGCAGUGUGGGGGUAGGGACCGUGACGAGCGUGUGGUACUCCCAUCAUGCUCCUUCCAGGUGGUUUUGCGGGCUGAGGGAGCCAACCAGGACCCUGAGCCCCUCCCCAGACCCUGGGUGCCGCCUGUGCUGGAGGAGGGGCGGAAACACACAUCUGCCUUCAGCCGGAAGUCGGGAUGCCCCAGAGGCUCCCAUGGGGAAGGUUUCCGCCGCAGCUGCUUCACUGCAUGUGGUCUCAUCCUUUAAAAACUGCCACUGGGCACAAGGAAAUGGCUUAUUUUUUAAAUGUAGAGUUGAGAGGCCUCAUGUAAUCAGUAAUCAGUAUCUAUUGACUCCCUCUCGGGAGAGGGAGACACUUAGCACAGUUUCCUUGCCAGCUCUUCAUUUUGCUAUUUUAUUUUUACAGCAUGUUUGUUUAUAAUAUUUAUAUUCUGUAACCAUAAUUCAAAAUGUUCUUUUGUCUUAAUUCUAUAUUUAAAUAGAUUCCUCUUACCCUCCGA